ACCAAGCCUCUCCCUCUCCCGUCGUCGAUCUCCUCUCGAACCAAAACCAUCUCGCGUUCUCGCCAUUGAGCGAGCGAAGAGCAGAAUUCGAGAGCGGGGUGAGGAGGAGGCGAGGUAAGGUGAGGGGGCGAAGCACGCUACGUUGAUCCGUGCGUUGCUCGGUGGUUGGAGCCGCGGCGAGCGAUGGCGUCGAGGAGGCAGGCGGGCGCCGGAGAUGUUCCUGCUCGGGAACCCAAGGGUGACGCCGCCAAGAUUGUCAGGAGGCCAAAGACCACGACGGUUGCUCAGCAACCAGCAAGAAUCCGUCGAGCCCUCGCCGACGUCAGUAAUCUCGUCAAUGGCCGGGCUGCCCUGCCCGUCGUGAAUCGCCAGAAGGCAGCGGUUGCAGCACCUGACAAGUGCAGGAAACCAACCAAGCAAGGAAAUGAGAGCAAGAAAAAUCCCGAAGUCAUUGUGAUCAGCUCAGACUCCGAGAAGCAGAAGAAGAAUCCAGUCCAGAGAGCACCCUCCCGGAGGGCACCAAUCCACACGCUCACCUCAAUUCUGACCAAGUGCAGCAGGGCUUCUGAUGGGGUGAUCACCAGCCCGAAGAAGGCGCCGGCAUGCGACAUCGAUGCAUCUGAUGCUCACAAUGAGCUGGCAGUGGUUGAUUACGUCGAAGAUAUCUACAGAUUCUACAGGAGCACUGAGAAUACGUGCCGGCCUCUCUGCACCUACAUGGUCUCACAGACCGAAAUCAAUGAAAGAAUGAGAGCAAUCCUGACUGAUUGGCUCAUCGAAGUGCACUACAGGCUUACGCUCAUGCCAGAGACCCUCUACCUCACUGUCUACAUAAUUGAUCAGUACCUAUCCAUGGAGAAUGUGCCGAGAAAGGAGCUGCAGCUUGUCGGAGUAAGCGCCAUGUUGAUAGCCUGCAAGUACGAGGAGACUUGGGCACCACUGGUUAAGGACUUCCUUUGCAUAUCAGACAACUCCUUCAGCAGAGAGCAGGUUCUGAGCACAGAGAAGUCCAUACUGAACAAGCUCCAGUGGAACCUAACUGUUCCAACAAUGUACAUGUUCCUUGUUCGGUACCUGAAAGCUGCAUUGGGUGACAAGGAGCUGGAGAACAUGACAUUCUUCUAUGCUGAGCUUGCUCUGGUUCAGUACUCUAUGCUCUUUUACGCGCCGUCGGUGAUAGCAGCCGCUGCCGUCUACGCUGCUCGGUGUACCCUUGGCCUGAGCCCACUAUGGAACGAUCUUCUGGAAUACCACACCGGAUUAGCUGAGCCACAAUUGAUGGAGUGUGCGAGGCGGCUCGUGAGCCUGCACGCGGCGGCGCCGGAGAGCAAGCAGAAGGUGGUGUACAAGAAGUACGCGAGCCCCAAGCUCGGAGCCGUGUCCCUCCACUCGCCGGCCAAGAAGCUCCUCCCGCCGCAGCCGCCACCGCCGGCGCCGCCGGCGGUGACGGCUUGAGCCGACGAUCACCACGCCGCAGCCGCCACCGCCUCCGCCUCCGCCUCCGCUGCUUUUUGGUUUUUUUGUCUCAGUAUUGGAAAUUUUUGGCCUCGGUUGAUUGCACAUGUAUAGGAAUUAGGACAAAAGAUCACCGUAUCAUCGCUCUGAUGCUACUAUCAUGAGCCUGCAGCUGCAAAUGGCAAACCCAGCUUCUGAUCUGAUCCUCCAAAACCUGAAUGCUGAUUCGAAACUUUUGAUGUGAUGUGAAUUGCUGGUCUUUGUUUUCGUUUUUUGCUUUUUGAGUUUUGGGAGGUCAAGAUUA